CCGCCGCAGGCCCCGCCGCGCCGCGCCGCGUUUCGGCGCUCCGCGGGCGCGCAAGGGCGAGGAGAUAAGCGCCCGGAGCGGGGCUGCUCCGGGAGAACGGGGCUGUUCACGCCUUCGUGCUCUGGCGGGGCAUGUGAUGCUCGUGGCCAGUCUUAGCUUUGCUGAGCACUGCCUUCUUCGUUAGCAAAUUACUUGUGUGACUUCGUUAGCAAAUUACUUACAGAUUGUGUGACUGAUUUUUUUUUUUUUUUGAGGGAAUUUCGGCAGUCUAUAGGCAGGUCGGGCGUCUGGGAGCCGCCGAGCUCGCUAGGCGCCGAGCCGAGACAGACGAGCAGAAGUCCUCCAAGGCGCUAGAGAGACGCCGCGGCGCCCCGUCACGGCGGCUCUCCCUGGUGCCGAGGCGCUUCCAGGAGGCGCGGGCCGGCAUGGCGGCGGUGGGGGAGCGGCCGGGCCCGGAGCCGGGCCCGGGGCGCGGGGAGGCCCCGUUCAGCCCCUCGGUGCUGGGCACCAGAGAGCACUGGGAUGCGGCGUAUGAGAGAGAACUGCAGACUUUUCAAGACAUUGGAGAUGCUGGGGAAAUUUGGUUUGGAGAAGAAAGCAUGGUUCGUUUAAUUAGAUGGAUGGAAAAACACAAGAUCCCCCUUGACAGCUCUGUGCUUGACAUUGGAACUGGAAAUGGUGUUUUACUGGUUGAACUGGCAAAAUCUGGUUACACUAAUCUCACUGGGAUUGAUUACUCUCCUUCUGCAAUACAACUUUCUGAACAAGUAAAAGAGAAAGAAGGGAUAUCUAACAUUAAAUUCCAGGUAGAAGACUUCCUGGCUCUAUCAGCUGAGCUAUCAGGAUUUCAGAUUUGUAUUGACAAGGGGACUUUCGAUGCCAUAAGCCUUAAUCCUGAGAAUGCAGUUGGAAAGAGGAAGCAGUAUGUGAGAUCUCUCUGCAGUGUACUGAAACCAGAAGGCUUUUUCCUCAUAACAUCUUGUAACUGGACCAAGGAGGAGCUGCUGAAUGAGUUCGGAGAAGGAUUUGAAAUUCUGGAGGAGCUGCCAACACCCAAGUUUUGCUUUGGAGGAAGAAUUGGAAACAGUGUAACAGCAUUGGUUUUCCAGAGAAAAAAAGUGGGAUCAUGCAUCUUGGACAAAUUAGAUUAGUUGAGAAAAGAAAAGCCUGAACUUUAAAGAAAAACUGAUAGAAAACCUCAGACACGUGUGUAAAUAAAUGCUGUUUGAGUGCACAGUAAAACACUGUAUAGAACUCCAAGGGACUGUAAAACAUUGCCCUAGAAACAUUUCAGCUUUGCAUAACUUGCCUGUAAAUUUUGUCCUUGCUACAACCUUAUUUGGUUUGGGAAGCUGCAAGUAUGUAAGCAAGAGGAAAAUAAGGCAUUCUAAUUUUUAUGAUUGAUACAACUGAAUGGUUUUUGCAUUUGGAGUAUAUAGCUUAUAUGUCUUUUUUAUUUUGGUAACUGGUCACCAAUAGAGACGAAUGUAUUCUACAAAGUAAAAAUCUCUUCUCUGUCGUGUGGUGUAAUGGGAACAAGCUUUUGAGAUUCAAGUGCUGGAUUUUUUUCCCCCUUAGGUAAAUAUGAAUGCAACAGUAUUAUCCAAAACCAAUAUUUAGUUAAAUAAGGACAGAAAUGAAUAUAAAAUUUGUAGCACUUGCAAAACAGAACCAGUUAGUGCGUUAAAUUCAGAUUUUCAAAGGUUCUCAGACUCAGCAUUGUUCUAUUUCCAUUGAAAUAGCCUCCCUCUGCGGGAAAAGAGUUGAGCUAUUGAGUGUUUUUAAAAAUCUCACUUGCCUGAAUGUGUGCAUGCGUUGCCAGUUAUUUCCAGUGAUUCCAAAAAAAUAUAAAGGUGUGAUGUUAUAAUCUCACUAGUAGGUGACACAUGCCUCUUUCAUUAUUAAUUUGCUGUAUAGUAAUGUCUUAAGAGCCAGUAAUGAACAUCUGCUUUUCCAGUGAAUUUUUCAGGACGGAUUUUAGCUGCAUAAACCCAAAAGAAUCUAAACCAUAA